AUGGCUGAACAACACCCCUACAGUCCUGAAGACGUAGGCAAACCGAAAGUAACAGGCACUCGCGUCCACGAACGCCACAUCUCCAACGACUCGACCGGACUGCAAGUGCGAGAAAUCAUCACCAACAGCUCCCAGGCCAAGAAGAACGUCCUCACUCAGAAAGCGGGCUACGAGUAUACCGCUUUCAAGUGGCCGAGCUGGAAGAAAUGGAGCGUCCUCACCGUCAUCUUCAUCCUGCAGAUCUCGAUGAACUGGAAUGCUGCCAUCUACGCAAACGCCGUGAGUGGCAUGUCCAAGCACUUUGACAUCAGCGAUGCGCAGACCCGACUGGGACAGAUGGCAUUUCUGGUCGCUUACGCUUUUGGAUGUGAGCUCUGGGCUCCGUUCUCCGAGGACUUUGGGCGCAAGUGGAUCCUGCAGGGCUCCUUGUUCCUGGUCAAUGUGUGGCAGAUUCCAUGUGCGUUGGCGCCGAACUGGGGCACUGUCCUUGUCGCGCGCACGCUCGGUGGGCUUUCUUCCGCUGGAGGUUCCGUCACGCUGGGUAUUGUCGCCGACAUGUUCGAGCCGGCUUACCAGCACUAUGCUCUUGCGUAUGUGGUGCUCGCAUCUGUCGGCGGCAGCGUCGUGGCACCCAUCUUUGGAGGUUUCAUCGAGCAAUACUUGGAAUGGCAGUGGGUCUUCUGGAUCUCCUUGAUUUUCGGUGGCAUUACGCAGAUACUUCACUUGUUCCUUGUACCCGAGACUCGGCCUGAGAAGCUAUUGGCGAAAGAAGCUAAACGACGACGCAAGAAUGGCGAGGACAUCUGGGCCGAGAGCGAACUCGAAGGUACAUUCUGGGAUCGCAUCCGAGGAGAUCCAAAGGCAGCAUGUAAGGAGAUUGCGGUCUUGAUGUGGCGUCCGUACCUCUUCCUUAUCAAAGAGCCGAUCGUUCGCUGGCUCUCUCUCCUCAGCGGCUUCUGCGACACGCUCAUCUUCAUCGGCCUCAGCUCCUACCCUCUGGUCAUGCACAAAUGGAACUUCAGCACCAUCGCCGUUGGACUGUCUUUCCUUCCACUGGCAAUCUCUUACGUUAUCGCCUGGGCGACCUUCAUGCCGGUAUAUCGUCGAGAUCGUCAGGUGAUGCAGGGAGAUGCCAACAAAAUUUCGCCUGAAAGGCGUCUGUGGUGGUUGCUCUUCACCGCUCCUCUCGUACCCGUCGGUCUCUUUGGCUACUCCUGGUGUACUCUGGGCCCAGCGAAAGACGUCCACUGGAUCGCGCCCAUGAUCUUCAGCGGCAUGAUCGGUAUUGCCAAUUUUGCGGUCUACAUGGCCACCAUCGACUACAUGGUGGCGGCAUACGGUCCAUAUGCUGCAUCUGCCACAGGCGGCAACGGCUUCUGCCGUGACUUCCUCGCCGGUCUUGCUGCGCUCUUUGCAAAUCCGAUGUACGAGAAGAUGGUCCACGGUAACAGCGACUUCAAGUAUGUCUGGCCUACUAUCUUGCUGGCGGGUAUUGCGCUUCUUCUUGUCAUUCCGGUGUACUUUUUGUACUUCGGUUGGGGAGAAAAGUGUCGAAAGGAGAGCAGAUACGCCCAGGCGGUCCAGGAGAAGCGAGAUGAGGAUAACGAUCAGUCUGAGACUGGGGCUGAUGACACCGAAAGCGAGGCCAAGCCCUAG